CUAGGGUUUUAAGCCCCGCUAUAUAAACUCCGUGAUCCCUUGAUCCUGCGUUGCCGAGAGCCAUUUCUUACUUCUGUGAAGGUGUGCUAAACUAAGCCGGCAUGGUGAAGUACUCAAGAGAGCCCGAUAAUCCCACCAAGUCGUGCAAGGCUAGAGGUGCUGACCUUAGAGUUCAUUUCAAGAACACCAGGGAAACUGCCCAUGCCAUCAGGAAGUUGCCCUUGGCUAAGGCUAAAAGAUACUUGGAAGAUGUUCUGGCCCACAAACAGGCCAUCCCAUUCAGACGUUUCUGUGGUGGUGUUGGGAGGACGGCCCAGGCAAAGAAUAGACACUCUAAUGGCCAAGGUCGGUGGCCUGUCAAAUCAGCAAAAUUCAUCCUAGAUUUGCUAAAGAAUGCUGAGAGCAAUGCUGAAGUGAAAGGUUUGGAUGUUGAUGCUCUGUACGUUACUCAUAUACAAGUCAAUCAAGCGCAGAAGCAAAGACGCCGAACAUACCGAGCCCAUGGAAGAAUCAAUCCCUACAUGUCAUCUCCCUGCCACAUAGAGUUGAUAUUAUCUGAAAAGGAAGAGCCUGUCAAGAAAGAGGCCGAGACCCAGUUGGCAACAAGCAAGAAGAAGUCCCAAGCUCUUCGAAGUGGUGCUUCAUCUUAAAUUACUGUUUAACCUAGUUUGAGGCCCAAUAUUCCUAGAUCGUGUCAAGAGGAGAGUUUUGUUGCUUGUUUUAUUUUCUUAUUGUUUGGUACAAGUUUCAUACUAUGCUUUAAAUUAAUGUAGUUGGAAAACUUUAUCUUGUCCCUUGGACGUUGUGUUUUAUUUUUUCUUUUUAUACCUUCGAUUGAUAUUUGACAUAAGUUACUAAAUAUUCGCUAGCAUCUAAUUGUCGAGAAUAUAUAUUCUGUUUAUU